AUGUUUGUUAUACCAUUUGUCACAGUGCUUCGUGAAGGUCUCGAGCCCGUCGUAUUUGUUGGUCUCAACUAUCCGGCGUAUGCCUUCCCACUGCCGGUGUUCGGGGGAAUCGCAGCAGGCGUUGUGGUGCGCUACGUAAUGUACUGGGGAGGAAACUCGGCUUCCCUCCAACCCUUCCUUGUCAUAUCAACAUGCCUGCUGUACCUUAUGGCUGCUGGACUUCUAUUGUGGGGUGUGGAGCCUGGAGAAUGA